UAAAAUACCCUUUUCUGUCUGUGUCUCUCUUUCCCUUCUCUUCCUCCAUAAACACUCCUCUCUCCUUCAUUUUCUGCUUAGAUUUCUUUCAAAGCAAAUAUAACCUGUGUUGGUUUCUGCCAAAUCAAUGGCGGCAACUAUAGUGAGUAACGCUCCGGCGAGUAUGGUGAGCAUCGCCCCUGCCUUGCUGGCGAUGCUUCACGAGGCGCAGCCGCAACUGAAGCAACAUGCUUUAUUUUUGCUCAACAAAUAUGUGGAUCAGUGCUGGCCUGAGAUCUCCACCAGUGUGCCUUUGAUAGAGAGUUUAUAUGAAGAUGAGGAGUUUGAUCAGAGACAGCUUGCUGCGCUGGUUGUUUCCAAGGUUUUCUGUUUUUUGGGUGAUCUAAAUGAUUCGUUAUCAUAUGCCCUUGGAGCUGGUUCUCUUUUUGACGUUUCUGAGGAUUCUGAUUAUGUUCAUACUCUUCUUGCUAAGGCUAUAGAUGAGUAUGCCAGUCUAAAGUCAAAGUUAACGGAGUCAAAUGCUGAAGCAGCAAAUGUGGACCCUAGGCUAGAGGCAAUUGUGGAGAGAAUGUUGGAUAAGUGUAUCAUGGAUGGAAAAUACCAACAAGCCAUGGGAAUUGCAAUUGAAUGUAGAAGAUUGGACAAACUUGAGGAAGCAAUAACAAGGAGUGAUAAUGUUCAUGGAACUUUGUCAUAUUGCAUCAAUGUGUCUCAUGCUUUUGUUAAUCGUAGAGAAUAUCGGCGCGAGGUGCUUCGUCUUCUUGUUAACGUGUAUCAAAAUCUGCCUUCUCCUGAUUAUUUGAGCAUUUGUCAAUGUCUCAUGUUCUUGGAUGAACCUGAAGGUGUUGCAAGCAUACUGGAAAAGCUUCUGCGUUCUUCAAACACUGAUGAUGUUUUGCUUGCAUUUCAAAUAGCCUUUGAUCUUGUGGAAAAUGAGCACCAGGCUUUUCUAUUAAAUGUCAGAGACCGCCUUUCAGUUCCAAAGGCUCAAUCUUCAGGGACAGUGCAGGCAGAGCCUGCACAAAAUGAAAAUUCUACUGCUCCAGAGGAUAUUCAAAUGACAGAAGGGACCUCAGCUUCAACUGCAAUUGCACAUGAAACAGAUCCAAAUGAAGCAAUAUAUGCUGAGAGGCUGACAAAAAUUAGGGGAAUUUUGUCCGGAGAGACAUCGAUUCAGUUGACUCUACAAUUUCUAUACAGUCAUAACAAAUCGGAUCUCCUUAUUCUGAAGUCAAUCAAGCAGUCUGUUGAGAUGAGGAAUAGUGUUUGUCACAGCGCAACUAUUUAUGCUAAUGCAAUUAUGCAUGCCGGAACUACUGUUGAUACUUUCCUCAGGGAGAAUCUAGAUUGGUUGAGCAGAGCCACAAAUUGGGCCAAAUUUAGUGCGACAGCAGGGCUUGGUGUUAUUCACAGAGGUCACCUGCAGCAAGGAAGGUCACUAAUGAGACCUUAUUUACCCCAGGGCGGAUCAGGUGGAGGAGGGAGUCCAUAUUCAGAAGGUGGUGCUCUUUAUGCUUUGGGCCUCAUUCAUGCAAACCAUGGUGAGGGAAUCAAACAAUUCCUUCGCGAUAGCCUACGUAGCACUAAUGUAGAGGUCAUUCAACAUGGUGCAUGCCUAGGUCUGGGUUUGGCAGCUUUAGGAACUGCUGAUGAAGAAAUUUAUGAUGACAUCAAGAGUACUCUGUACACUGAUAGUGCUGUUGCCGGUGAAGCUGCUGGCAUCAGUAUGGGAUUGCUUAUGGUGGGAACUGCAAGUGAAAAAGCAAGUGAGAUGCUUGCUUAUGCUCAUGAGACACAGCAUGAGAAGAUCAUCAGAGGAUUGGCAUUGGGUAUAGCACUUACAGUUUAUGGAAGAGAAGAAGAAGCAGAUACACUAAUUGAGCAGAUGAUUAGGGAUCAGGAUCCAAUACUUCGUUAUGGUGGCAUGUAUGCAUUGGCAUUGGCUUAUAGGGGAACAGCAAACAACAAGGCCAUCCGCCAGUUGCUGCACUUUGCUGUGUCAGAUGUGAGCGACGAUGUCAGGAGGACUGCUGUUCUUGCACUUGGAUUUGUCUUGUACUCUGAGCCAGAGCAGACUCCUCGAAUUGUCUCCUUGCUGUCAGAAUCCUACAACCCACAUGUACGAUAUGGUGCAGCUCUUGCAGUAGGCAUUUCCUGUGCAGGCACUGGCUUGAGUGAAGCUAUAUCAUUGCUUGAACCUUUGACAUCAGAUGUUGUUGACUUUGUUCGCCAAGGUGCCCUUAUUGCAAUGGCAAUGGUCAUGGUGCAGAUGAAUGAGGCCAGUGAUUCUCGUGUUGGAACAUUUAGGCGACAAUUGGAGAAGAUAAUUCUUGAUAAGCAUGAAGACACCAUGAGCAAGAUGGGUGCAAUCCUUGCUUCUGGGAUACUUGAUGCUGGUGGAAGGAAUGUAACUAUAAGAUUACUUUCUAAGACAAAACAUGAUAAAGUCACUGCAGUAGUUGGCCUAGCUGUUUUUAGCCAGUUUUGGUAUUGGUAUCCUCUGAUUUAUUUCAUAAGCUUAUCAUUCUCGCCCACAGCUUUCAUUGGGCUGAACUAUGACUUGAAAGUUCCAAAAUUCGAAUUCAUAUCAAAUGCAAAACCUUCUCUGUUUGAGUAUCCAAAGCCAACCACUGUGCCAACUACCACAUCUGCUGUGAAACUUCCGACUGCUGUUCUGUCAACAUCAGCAAAAGCCAAAGCUAGGGCCAAGAAAGAAGCAGAGCAAAAGGCCCAUGCUGAAAAGGCAGCUGGUGGGGCAGAGUCUUCAUCUGCAGCAUCAAAUGCUGGAAAAGAGAAAUCAUCUAGCGAGAAGGAUGGCGAUUCUAUGCAGGUUGAUAACCAGCCAGAGAAGAAAGCAGAGCCUGAGCCUUCUUUUGAAAUUUUGACCAACCCAGCCAGAGUGGUUCCUGCUCAGGAGAAAUUUAUCAAGUUUAUGGAAGAUAGCAGGUAUGCACCAGUGAAAUUAGCACCUUCAGGAUUUGUCCUCCUGAGAGACUUGCAGCCAUCCGAACCAGAGGUGCUUUCUCUUACAGAUGCACCUUCAUCCAAUGUGUCACCUGCUGCCGGUUCAGCUACAGGACAGCAAGGUUCAGCAUCAGCCAUGGCUGUUGAUGAGGAACCUCAGCCUCCUCAGCCUUUUGAAUACACCUCGUAAUUCUGAUCAUAGCGAUUGUUACAUGGUCUUCACUCAAGAUGUACUGUGCUUUCAUCCCGAGGAGAGAAUCAAAAUGUGCUUGAACGAUCAUUUGUUUGAUCUUUGCAUGGCAACGGCCCAAACCAAGGCGAAAGUGUGCCUGCAUGUCGGGGAUUUUCUUAUUUGCAGCUCUUCUGAUAUCAAGUAGAACAAUUUUUUUUACAUACUUAAAUGAAUUGUGACAUGUGUAUGAUCAACACAUAGUAGGACAUUCUGUAGAUGUCAUGAGAAUGAAACUUUGAAGUUCAUUUUGUAGUCAUUUUACGUUUUAAUUUACUAUCAUUAGUGUGAUUUUCUGAAUAUGCACUUGAUGCUGGGACUUUUUCAUUUGUUGAGUUUCCACUGUUUUAUGAUC